AUGGAGAUGAAAGAAGAGGAGAACAGAGGAAUAGAAGGCAAAGUCGUAGCCGUGACGGGCGGGUUGGGUUUAGUCGGUUCCGCCGUGUGUCUUGAGCUGCUCCGCCGUGGCGCUCUCCAAGUCCGCUCCUUCGACUGCCGCACCACCUCUCCUUGGUCAGACCGUCUCAAAGAAUCCGGCGUUCACUGCAUAAACGGAGAUGUCGUAAGCAUAGAGGACGUAGAAGAGGCUCUUGAAGGAGUGGAUUGUGUGAUUCAUCUUGCUUCGUACGGUGGUUCGGGUAAGGAAAUUGUUCGGACUCGUCGGAUCGAGGAAGUCAACGUGGAAGGGACGCGUAACGUUUUGGAAACAUGUGUGAAGAAAGGGAUCACGAGGCUAGUGUAUUUGAGCUCAAACGGCGUCGUUUUUGGUGGGAAAGAGAUUGAGAAUGGAGAUGAAACUCUUCCUUAUUUAGCUUCCAAUCAAUACGUCAGUCCAUAUGAUCGGACUAAAUCUAUUGCCGAACAGUUGGUUUUGAAGAACAACGGUCGUACUAUUGAUAAUGGACAUGGAAGUAUUUUGUCUACGUGUGUGAUUCGUUGCCCACUUGUUUAUGGACCCGGUGAAGAGAAGUAUCUUGAUAGGAUAAUCUCUGACGCAAGAUUGGGUUUAUUUCUCUUCAAAAUCGGCGAUCCAAACUCGAAAACCGAUUGGAUUUAUGUCGAUAACAUUGUACUCGCACUCAUGUUAGCGACAACCGGUUUACUCUCCGAGCACUCGCAAGCUUCAGGGAAGGCCUACUUUGUUUCUGAUGGUAAUCCGAUUAACUUCUUUGAGUUUCUCCGGCCACUAUUGAAAAAUCUAGAUUAUGACCUGCCCAAGUCAUCGCUAUCUAUUUCGCUUGCGGUUACACUAGGAAAUAUAUUCAAAGCAAUAUACAUAAUGCUAUUACCAUUGUUGAACCAAUGGUGGAUUCCACAACCAUUGAUUCUUCCACCAGAAGUAUAUAAGGUCGGGGUGACUCAUUACUACUCGAUCCGCAAAGCCAAGGAGGAACUCGAGUACGAGCCCAAGAUACAACCCGAAGAAGCCAUGACCAAAACCAUUUCAUAUUUUAAAGAAAAAAAGAGGAGAGAAGUCGAUGGACCGAGCAUUUACGCGUGGAUUUUCUGUGUUGUUGGAUUGCCUAUCAUCCUAUCAGCCGCAUGGCUACCGAACAUUGGACCCGUACCAUUCUUUAGAGCCAUUACUCUGUUUUUCUUCAGGACGAUGUUGGGAGUUCGGAUAGCGUCAGGGAUUGUAAUGACAGUGCACGUGAGUGAAGCGGUCUAUGCAUUGUGGCUUGCUCGUAGAGUGGAUCCAAAGAAUGCAAAAGCUUGGUUUUGGCGGACGCUACUUCUCGCUACUUUCUCGCUUCGGUUACUUUGGAAAAGAGCCAAGGAAGUGAAGCAAGAAACAACAAGAGAAGAUUCCAUAAGAUGUACAUCAGUUUCUGCAACCAUCUCUGCUCUAGACACUUCCAACGAUGAACAACAACAUCAGCUUUCGUCUAGAGAUGAAGAAGUUGGAAUAAAGAGAAGAGAAAUGAUAGCUUCCUCUGUUUUCUUCCUUCCAUUUGUUGUUUCACCUGCAUUUGCAGAGACAAAUGCUUCAGAUACUUUCCGUGUGUACACAGAUGAAGUGAACAAAUUCGAGAUAUCAAUUCCACAAGAUUGGCAGAUUGGGAAAGCAGAACCUAAUGGAUUCAAGUCAAUCACAGCUUUUUACCCUGAAGAAGCUUCAACUUCCAAUGUGAGCGUAGCGAUCACUGGACUAGGACCGGAUUUCACCAGGAUGGAAUCGUUUGGAAAGGUCGAAGCUUUCGCUGAAACACUGGUUAGUGGAUUGGAUAGAAGCUGGCAGAGACCAGCAGGAGUGACUGCAAAGCUAAUCGAUAGCAGAGCUUCUAAGGGAUUCUAUUACAUCGAGUACACAUUACAAAACCCGGGAGAAACUCGCAAGCAUUUGUACUCUGCGAUUGGAAUGGCCACAAACGGGUGGUACAACCGCUUAUACACGGUCACAGGACAGUUUACAGAUGAAGAAUCUGCUGAACAAAGCUCCAAGAUCCAGAAGGCAGUCAAGUCUUUCAGAUUCAUAUGA